AUGAAUGAAAAAAAAAGUCUUAUACCAACAAUAUUAAUAAAUGAAGAAGAUGAAAAUAAUGUUAAAAAAAAUUAUCACAGAAAAAGUUCUUUAACAGUGCCAAAAUUAUAUUCAUCUAAUGUUAAUCAAAAUAAAUUUUUUAGAAGACCAAGUACAUAUGCUAUUCCAUCUAUUGAAAUUAUUGAAGAAUCUUCACCUGCACAUUCAACUAGAAAUAAUUCUAUAUCAAGUAAUGAAAUUUUUGAUUGUACUAAAGAUGAUGAUAGUAUAAUAAUACCUAAAUGUUUUAAAAAUAAUUUUUUAAUAACAGAAACUGAUUAUAAUAGUAUAAUAAAAAUAAAAAAACUUGACAAGAGUAGUAAUCGUUUUGGUAAAGUAUAUAAAUUUUUGGAGACAAAUGAAAUGAUUGAAAUAGCUGGAACUAGAUUUAAACUAGAACUUCUUGCAACAUGGGAUCAAAAUACUAAUAUUAUACAAAAACAAUUAACACAAUUACUUGAUGAAUUAAAAUAUUUUUCAGAACUUAAACAUCCCAAUUUAAUAAAAUAUUUUGGUUGUUAUAAAACACCAGAAAAACUAACAAUGUAUCGUGAAUAUUUACCUAAUGGAUCAAUAGAAGAUCGUAUUGAAAAAGAAGCUAUAAUUGAGGUUCUUGCCAUUAAAUGGUUACGCCAAUCAGCAGAAGCAUUAAAAUUUUUACAUAAUUUACAACCACCAUUAGCACAUAAAAAUUUAAAAGCAUCAAAUAUGUUAUUAACAAUUAGUGAGGAUGUUAAAUUAUCUGAUAUUGGUCAUUCAAUACAAAUAAAUAGUAAAGAGGAUUAUGAUGAAACAUCAUCAACAUUUCCUACAAAUUAUAGAAAAACAUUAUUAAUGACUGCUCCAGAACAAAUAAAAUAUAUAACAGAACCAUAUAAAUUAACUCCAUCUAAUGAUAUAUGGAAUUUAGGAUGUAUUUUUGUUCAAAUGUUAACACAAAAAUUACCAUAUGAAAAUGAAUUAAAAGAUUUACUUGAUACUGCAUUAUAUAAACAUUUAGAAGAAAAUAUAUAUCUUACUGAAUUUCAACAACUUUCAUAUAAUGGAGAUACUUUAUACCAAAAUGGAAGUAUUGAAGCAAAAAAAAUAAUAAAUGAUAUUUUAAUUAUUAAUGAAAAAGAUAGACCAACUGCUAUAGAUAUAUUAAAUUAUGAACCAUUAAAAGUUAACAAAAGACUUUUUGAUGUUCAUCCAUUACCAAUGGCAAAAAAAAGAAGAUAUAGUUCUUCUAAAAAUAAUCAUGAUAAUAAUUAUGAUGAGAAACUUGUUUCAAGAAAAAUUACAACAUAUGGAAAGAAAAAAAAAGUUUUUUCACCAUUAUUAAAAAGAUUUGUUAGUUUAGAUUCUGAUGAUAUUAAUAGUGAUGAUGAGAUUGAUGAUAAAAAUGAAAAUUUUUUUCAUAAAAACAAUGAUAAUGAUAAUGAUAGUAAUGAUGAUGAGUCAAAUGAAAAUGAAAUUGAAAUUCCCAAAAUAACCGAUAAUAGGUAUAUAGCAAAAUAUUUUACCAGCAAAUUAUUAAUAUUUUUAACAUUUUUUGUUCGUUGGAGUAUAUUAGUUCUUUUAACAUCAAUAACAUUAUUUUCAUUUGCAUCAUUUGUAUUUGUAGGAAUAUAUAUAAUUUAUAAUAGUAUUAAUUUGAUCUGCCAAUGUCAUUUAAAUGAAGGAUUUAUUGUUUUAAUUGCACUUAUUCUUCUUCCAAUAUUAAUAUUAUUAGGUUCAUUAUGUUGUAAUAAUGCAUGUCAAAGGUAUGCAGUAGCGGAAGAAAAAGGAAAAUUGAAAAAAUCAAAAUUAUAUUAUCCUCAACCACAAAAAGAUAUAAAAUUAUGUGGUGUUAUAGUUGUUGUUGGAUCAAAUCAUCAAGAAAAAAAUAUUUUACAUAAAAAGAAGAGGGUUGAUGAUGACGACCCAACAGCAGCAAUGAAUUUAGAAAAAGGAAAAAUUGUUAAUGAUAUUGCAAAGUUAGCUUAA